AGGUACCUAGAUGCUUGGGUUUGUUUGGGCUUGCACUAAACAUUUGAGUCGCAUUUCGCAAACGUUGACUGCAAAGACUGUAACCAAUUAAGCAGAAAAUCAACGGUAAUCCUUCUUGCUGGAAUGAUGAUAUUCGUGAAAUUUUAGGAAGUCGCAUACAGUUCAAACCUGUGCCGUAGUGUUAGUGGGGGCUGCUGCAGAACAAUAAUUGUGGAGUAUUUACUGUACGAGUUGUUCUUUUUGUAAACAAAUUGGAUCGUGUCGUGCUACUUUCGGAGUCGGCAUCAUGACGGACAAAGGUUUGCUGAAGCGAAUUUCAUUAUCAUCAAAAAAUCGGGCCAGUUUUCCCUCUGGUAGUGGUGGUGUAUCUGCCGGGGCGUUAUCCGUUCCUAGCACUGCCAGUGUUGGACCAGGGUGUAGCAAGCUUCCGCCGGUAAAACCGUCACUGGUUACGAGCAUUCCGUCGCCCGGGUCUCCCGAUCAAUCCGUACUGUUUCCUCACAUCAAAACUUUGGACAACGCGAGAGUGUUACCAAAGUAUACCGUAGCGUUGGCGAAUACAACAGAAGAGUUGAUACCGGCAGAAGAUUUAGAUACCAUUCAAUUGGAACUGGAAUUGCUUCUGUCAACGGUUGCACUACGAUCUCGGGUUUUAAAAGCGGAACUGGAAACGAUUGACAAAGCAGACGAGCGUCGCGAACGCAAAGGAAAGCAUUUAGAACGGGCACCUGCAUCGCCGGGAAAGCGAAAGCGCUUGGAGGAGAAACAAAAAUUGCGAGAAAGUGCCGGGAAGUUGUUUGGUCAUCAGAUGAAGAUAUCAAAGAUGAAGCACUCGUCCACUCUUGUGCCACCAUCUCCGGCACCGUCACAAAAUACGGAUGACAGCAUGGAUGCGGUUCCGUUCCUGCCUCAGAAUCAUCAUCUACAACAUUUGAGCAGUGAUAGCACUAAACCGAUCGUGCCAAAAAAUGAUACACCUAACAAAUUUUGGCUCUCGGUAGAACCAUACUGUAUGCCGAUUUCGCACGAAGAUUUAAAGCUUUUGGAUGAUCUGUUGGAGGAAUAUUCAGGGCCACUGAUUCCGCCCAUACCGGAACUAGGUCCGCAUUACAGCACUCAAUGGGCAGCUGAUGAUAUAAAAGAAGAACAGGAUGGUGUAGCAAAUUCGGUUGGAUCCAAAUCUAAGUCCAAAACCCUGACAAACGGCGAUACAAGCAAAAAAGAAAAGAUAAUGGGAGAAGGGAUCACUGGUCCGCUGACUCAAAGACUCGUAUCGGCAUUGAUGGAAGAGAACCUGCAUCCUGACUGUAGUAGUAAUGAAAACAGUAACAGUAGCUCAGACGCAACGCAUAGCAAUCAUGCCCGCAGUGCCGUCGCAUUGCUUAAAAAUGGAAUAAGUAUUGAGCGAAGGCUCCGCAGAGAGUUAAUCGAGCAAGGCAUUCUUGAUGCAGAUGACAUGCCAAAAAGCCAGCAGGAUGAUGAAAUUCUUUCCGAAAUCAACCGUGUCCGCACCGAACUUGCAGUUAUAGCGGAAUAUAAUUCGAACGAAAUCCGUAAACUACAAUCGAUGGCAAAAGAUGAAAUGAAACGGAUUGAAGUCAAACGGAAGCUGGAUCGGGUUGAUCAAGAGAUAACGGACACAUAUCAGAAGGUGAUUGCAGCGAGACUUAAACGUAGAACGUUGACCAAACAAGAAAGAGAUGAAGUUUAUCGGUUAACCGAGGAACAAAAACGUCUUUCAGAUCAGUUAGAACUUAUGCCUGUGCAUGGUCCAUUUGGUAGAACUACGAAUUAAUUAUUUAAUUAAAUGCUAAAUUUGCUAGUUUUACUUUGUACGCAAAAUGCAAAUUCAAUAGUAUAUCGAUAUUACUCAUUCAAUUGAAGGUGAUUAAUUUUAUUUUCUAUAUAAAUUCGAAUUUCUAAAUCGAUAUGUGUGCAUUCAUUUGAACAAUAUAGGUAAAUGCUAAAUGAGUAUGUUUUGUUUUGCAUCUAAAACAUGACAGGUAAAAUCCAGUUGAUUUUGAAUUGUUGGAGAACAUUUAUAAUUGGGGUAGUGGCAUACGCUGAUGACAUUAGGUGUCAUGCUCAACACAGCGAAAAAUUACGAGGUGGAAAAUAACAAAGCAAAAUCCAAUAUUAUGAUGGAAACGAAUGGUAUAAAAGCGAGUUCAGCAAACAAAUGGCGAUUUACACUAACGUGACGUUCAUAUAGUUGAUUAUAUCCUUGAAGCCGUCUUCUUGGGUUCUGGGUUAACUGUUGAUAUCGACAACAUAGACGUGAUUAUACGUCCUAGAAUGUUACAUUUGGUAGGACGAUCGAAACCGGAAAAUAAAAAAUAACGCUUGAUGAGUAAGU